CACUGGAUAAGCUUAACUUUUCGUGGACAUCUCUCUCUCAAUUUUCCCGAGGAAAAAAAAAAAAAAAAUACCAGUUCAGUGAUGAACCACAUUUUCCCGGAAAAUCACUAACUAUAUACAACAAUCUCUUCUGUAUCUCUCUGUCUCUCUCUAUAAUGGCGGCUAUUGCCUCAUUGUCGUUCUCAGCAGUAAGUCAAUGCUCUGAGAGAAAAGCAACCGUGCAGUCUGCUCGUACUCUGGCUUCGAAUUCCGAAGCGUUUCGGUUCCGUACCAACUUUUCUUGUCACUAUGUGGGCGUUCGAUCUUCGGGUUCCACUUCUCCUAUGGCUAUUCACUGCAUGUCCGUCUCCACAGAUGUGCCCACUGUGUCUGAGACAAAGUUGAAUUUCCUUAACACAUAUAAGCGACCAAUUCCGACUGUGUACAACACUGUGCUGCAGGAGCUGAUUGUCCAGCAACAUUUGAUGAGGUACAAGAGAACUUACCGUUAUGACCCUGUGUUUGCUCUUGGUUUCGUUACCGUGUAUGAUCAACUCAUGGAAGGGUACCCUAGUGAUGAGGAUCGAGAUGCCAUCUUCCAAGCAUACAUAAAAGCACUAAAGGAGGAUCCUCAGCAAUAUAGAAUUGAUGCACAAAAGUUGGAAGAAUGGGCUCGGGCUCAAACUGCUAGUUCAUUGGUUGAAUUUACAUCCAGGGAAGGAGAUGUUGAGGGAAUGUUACAGGACAUUGCAGAGAGAGCUGGGGGGAAGGGGAGUUUCAGCUACAGCCGUUUCUUUGCUGUUGGGCUCUUUCGUCUUCUUGAGUUGGCAAAUGCAACUGAACCCACUAUUUUAGAAAAGUUAUGUGCAGCCUUGAAUGUUAACAAAAGAAGUGUGGAUCGGGACCUUGACGUAUAUCGCAAUUUGCUUUCCAAGCUGGUUCAGGCAAAAGAGCUGCUGAAGGAAUAUAUGGAUAGGGAGAAGAAAAAAAGAGAGGAAAGGGCAGAAACACAGAAGGCUAAUGAGGCCGUCACAAAAUGUUUGGGGGUUUACCAGUAUGCAGGCCAGUAGUUCAGUUUGUAGUGGUUCCUCCAUUUGCUUUUCACACGCUAUGAAGCUUCAAAGCCCUAAUUUGUUUGAAGUGGUUUCAAGGUAGAGUUCAAGUUUUCACAGUUCAGGCACCUUUCAUCAGCUGAUUAGUAUGCAUUUUUAGCAUGUUGUUCAGAAUGGUGAUACAGCCUACAUUGACCAUGUCCACAUAUACAUUUCUCCUUAAAACUCAUCUUGUUUCACUUCCAAAUGUAUUUCAUAAUUCAUAACUAUAAUACUUAUAAUGCAUAUAAAUUGGUAUUGCCCUUUGUAAUCUACA